UGCCUCUCCAUUGUUCCGACUCUUGUAUAGAUUAAGGGAAGGAAUAAUUGGAGAGAGCAGAGGCGGCCGCCACAUUAGUGGAAAAAUUAAUUUUCCACUCUAGCUAAAUUAUUACAGUACUACGCUGCCUGACAGUUAAUUAAUCUUUUGGUUAAUUAGUUGCUACACACACGCUCACCUAGUAAUACUAGCACCCGACCUAGCUACAAAAGCAGCAGCAAGCUACGAAGAGGGCAAGAUGGUGAACCCCGACGCAGUCCGCAAUGUCGUCGGCAUCAUCGGUAACUUCAUAUCGUUCGGGCUGUUCCUGGCGCCGGUGCCGACGUUCGUGACGAUCGUGAAGAAGAAGGACGUGGAGGAGUUCGUGCCGGACCCGUACCUGGCGACGUUCCUCAACUGCGCGCUGUGGGUGUUGUACGGCCUCCCCUUGGUCCACCCCAACAGCAUCCUCGUCGCCACCAUCAACGGCGUCGGCCUCCUCAUCGAGAUCGCCUACCUCGCCAUCUACUUCGCCUACGCCCCCAGGCCCAAGCGCUGCAAGAUGCUCGCCGUCCUCGCCGUCGAGCUCGUCUUCCUCGCCGCCGUCGCCGCCGCCGUCCUCCUCGGCGCCCACACCUACGACAAGCGCUCGCUCGUCGUCGGCAGCCUCUGCGUCUUCUUCGGCACCCUCAUGUACGCCGCGCCGCUCACCAUCAUGAAACAAGUGAUCGCGACGAAGAGCGUGGAGUACAUGCCCUUCACGCUGUCGCUGGUGAGCUUCAUCAACGGCAUUUGCUGGACAAUCUACGCGCUCAUCCGCUUCGACAUCUUCAUCACGAUUCCGAACGGCAUGGGCACGCUGCUGGGCGCGGCGCAGCUGAUCCUCUACUUCUGCUACUACGGGUCGACGCCCAAGGCCGGCGACGACAGGAGCCUCCAGCUGCCGGCGAAGGACGGCAGCGCCCACUCCGCCGUGUAGCGGCCGGGGCUAUAUAUAUGGACCAUGCGUGUGCAACAAUUAAUUAAUCAGAACCAAGCUAGCAUGCCAUGAAAUGCAAAGACGGAUCGAUCGAGAGAACCACAAAGGCAGGCAUGCAUUUGCAGAGAUCAUGUAAUUCUGAUCGACGAUGAUUAAUCUGUUGGAUGGAUGCAAUGAUGGAUGCUGCAAAAGCCUACGCAUGCAGGUGGCUGCGCUCUUCUGAUUCGACUACUGAUUUUGCCUUGCCCGUGCAGCUUCUUUGUGUGUGUGGGCUUGCGUAUAUAUAUGCAUCGGCAAUUCGGCAUUGCACAAGGUUAAUCCGGUUGGUCAGUAGAAGCUAGGCUCACCAAUUAAUUAAGCAGAUCCAAGUUAAAACCA